UGCAGGAGUCUCCGCUCAUCGCCGAUGCAGGAGCAGGAGAGGCCAACGAGACACCAGCGGUAUACCGGUGAAAUCUCCUCAUCCUUCCCCAGAGAUGUAGCCAGCGGAAUGAUGAUGAACUCUCGCCAAGACCUGGCCCUGCCUAAAUUCGCUGUUGCGAAUGCGAAGUGAGUACCGCAGGAGGGGCAGUGACCUUGAAGCCACAACUUGUGGCUUCAAGCACCUGGACAUGAAAGACCGGAACAUGAGCCGAAGGUUGGAUCUGUGGAAAUCAGUCCGCCCAACUUUCAAGGAAAGUGGAAUUCUGACAAUGCACAGCCUCAACGACAGACAGAUGGCACACACAGACCCCCACAGCGAGAGCCAGCAUGAAACCAGGGCCUCAUGUUUCAUGAGACCACGCCCUAAUUACUCUCACUCAAGCACGGCAGCAUCCGCUCCUCUGCCCCUCCCACUUGAGGGAAGCAACGUGGUCUGCCAGCUCGUUGCUCACCACAGCCUCAUCAUCCCACCCAAAGUGGGCAGAACCUGCCGAUCGACGGCUAGCUGCAGGAGGCUGCAUGUGAUGGUCCGCUCGCGUGGGGGUUUGGACUCCUGCAUGGAUGUGACAUCGGUCUCAAGUCCGGUGCGGGACGUGCUUGCGCACUGCCUUUGCUUGAGGAGUUGGUCUCGGUUGAGCUUUGAUGAGGCAUGGCUCAGUCGGGUGUCUGGUAUCAGAAGGCACUGCAGUGGAACAGUAUGGUGCUUUUGGUGGCAACCUUCCGCAUGGUCACGAGACGGUACACUUCGAUGAGGCUGGGAGAUGGGAUGGCUCCGGCGACCACCUGUUUUGGAGCAGCAUCUGCGGUGCGGAAGAAGUGUUCCCCUAUCUCUGACCGAGAUGUCUACAGAAUUCCAUACCUACUUGAUCAGACAUUCGUGUUUCUAGUUGCUGGCGCACCAAUUGAGAUUUGAGAAGUCGGGGACAUCAACAACCAUCAUUCCGACCUGCCGGUGCUACAGAUACUACCACCACUACCUAGACAUCACUGCAAUACCACUCACAGCUGUUGACAUUUUGAUACUGAAUCAUGUCGAUCAUACCACCAGAGCUCCUUACUGUUGAGGUAAUUCCUUGAACUUAUGUCAAAGCCCAGCGCAUGACACGGCCACCAUGCUCCUUCAUUUCAAUGCACAGUGACUGGUGACAUGGCCAGAAGGAACAUCUUCAUCUUCGUGUCAGUCGCAGCAAACAAAGCC